CCUUGCAGGAGACUUCAAGACUUGCAAGGAUAUCUGCAACCAAUUACUUAACUCAGAAAAAAAGACUUAUCAAAAUACUUUGUUUGCUUUACAAGGAUUUUGUCACUUUCAUAAUAAUGAACAUCAGCAAGCUCUGAAAGACUUCCAAAAAAUUAUAGAAGAUGAAUCUCCACACCCAUCCAGUUGUGUAAAAGCCCUGUGUGGCAGAGGACUUGUCCGUAUGAUCAGUGGAAACUCAUACUUAACUGCCUUGGACUAUAUUACAGCGUGUAAACUUAAACUGGAUGAGACCUUUCUUACAAUUAAGACAUAUGUGCCAUGGAACCAAAGAGGUUUGCUCUUUAAAGUGCUUCAGGAAGAAGGAGAGAAGAUGCUGCACAAAAAGACACCUAAUUUAAAUGAAAGUGCGAUAUCAAAUAGGAAUAAACAGUCUGAUCAUGACUGUUCCUCAGCCAAAGAAAGUGACGUAUCUGGUGUUCACCAGCUGGCCACACUUCUGAUGAUGCUCGAUCCCACUGACGAUGUGUGUCGUAUCCUGUGUGCAGAUGCCCUUUACCAGCUGGAUCGGAUUGAUGAAUCUCACAAGAUGCUAUCUUUGGCUCUCAAUAGCAGCUCACAAAGAUCUCCUGUUCUUGCUAGGCUUGCACUGUUGCAGUUCAAGAAAGGCUUUAUUUACGAUGGUAACCAGGUGAUAAAAAAAGUAAUACAGAUAGGUGAUACAUCCUGCCUUCUUCCCAUCAUGGAUAUAUUUAAAGAAGAGGACCGCAAAUUGAUGCAGAGUCACUGUCAUUCCAAAGCGUUGAAUAUUUUACAGAACAAGCAAGGAGAAACAUACAUCAAAGAAGCAAUUGCAUACCUUUCAUUUGCUAUUAUUGCAUCAGGCGGUCAUGCAAAAGAAUCCCUUCUUGCCAGAGCCAGAUGCUAUGGCCAGCUGGGACAGAAAAAAACUGCUAUUUUUGAUUUCAAUGCUGUUCUUAAAGAUGAUCCUUCCAAUGUAGAGGCUCUUAGUGGAAAAGGCUUUAUGCAUAUUACUCUUAAACAGCAAAAAGAAGCUGUGCAAGACCUUUGCCUAGCAGUUAAAGUGGAUUCAAGUUAUGUUAUCAAGGAGGUUCGUUCUUUGAAGCCAGAAACACAAAUGCUAGUUGGUGAAUGGUUACAUGAGCACUGCUGGGGUUUGUUGGCAGAUCUUAUUGCUACAGACUCAGAACUUCAAAGUCAGACUGCAUUUAAUGACCUGGAGAAAAUUGCACAAGCCUUGACAGAGUUAGACAACACCAACUCAAGCUUCCACAUAUUGUAUACGGAUAUCCUCAUCGGUAAAGAGAAGUAUGAAGAGGCUUUUAUGCACCUAAAACAGUCUUUCAGCAACCGUGCUAUUGAUGAUUCAGCCAAAGCCAGGUACGGAAUUCUCCACGUCAAGUAUCGGAAUAUUCUUGCUGCAGCACAGGAGCUAUCACCAUUAGCAGGAAAAUCUCCCGGUGAAGUGGAAGUUCUAGUGAAAUUUCUUGAUAAACGACAGCGACAAAGUCUAUCACAGAUUUCAGGGCAAGAAGGGAACUCCAUAAUGCAAGAGAACCAACAUGAAAAAGCUCUCAAUUAUCUUUCACUUGCGGUCAUUGCUAGUAACAAUAACCCCAAGUACCUACGUCUACGAGCCAGUUGUCUCUCACAUGUAGGGGAUUUUAAAAAUGCUAUAAAUGACAUGGAUAAGGCUAUACAGAGGCAUGGAACCAAUAGCCUGCAAAUUCAAGUAGCUGAUUAUUGUUCUAAGGGCCUAAUUCUGGUUUUAAUGUCUGAGGAAGAUGCUGCAGUUAGGCAGUAUAUGAAGGCUCUCAGUCUAGAUAGUACAUUUGCUUUAUCAUACAUAACUAAUACGCCUGGGAAAUUUAAACUGGCUCAAAUCUUCACUCAGAUUGCACACAAAUAUUUUGAGCAACGCUUGUUUGAAGAGUCUUGGAAAAUUACAGAUUGUGGUCUACUGAUUGAUGAAAAUAACCAUGAACUGAAGAAACUAAAGUCACGGAUAAAAAGGGAAGCUUCUGGAUGUAGAGUUCAUUGAUAUUGACCUCUGAGUGCAAGAUGGAUUUCACAAUUACAAUGGUCAGAUAGGUUAGGCUUCCCAUAAAGACAAGAAACCAAGUCUAAGAUAUUAUCUGUAGAAGGGGAGCUGGCAACCGCAUUUAAUAAUCAAAGCAAUUUUAACUAUUUCUUUCAUAUUCUGAUGGUUUCCCAAGAUUUAUAGAACUUGAGUUGUUUUCUUUUCAGUCUGGAUAACUCUUAGUAUCUUCAAAAUUAACUUGCACAUGAAUCAUUUUUUUUUUGUUCUCAUAGAAAUAGCAGGCAAAUUAACUAUUAUUAUGGGAAUUUCAGUGUUGAUUAGCCGACGUCUACCAUGACUUCCAAAUUUUCUCAGUUUGUGUUAAGUUAAAAGGAAUCUACAAAAACAGCGAAUAAACUUGUUCAAAAACUUAUAUAAGUAAAUUGUUCUUACAGGUAAAAUUAUUUUUACUAGCGGACCAUAGCACCAUAAAUAAUAUUUUUGCCCUGUCUGUGCCUUUAUGUACAGUGCAUGUGAUUUCAGAGUGUUGUUUUAUAUAUUAUAAAACACCAAUUAUCUACAAAUAUAACACUAUAGUGUAACACUGUGGUAUAGUGUAACACUGUGGACACAAAUUAACU